AUGAAAAAACAAAUCAUUGCAAUCGCAUUAAUUCUCCUCUUGGCUUCAGUCUUUGUCUUGGCAGGUGACGUUGACAGUACAAGUGAUAGCUCAGAUUCUGUUGCUACCACCAAACCAGCAGAAAUUCCAGUUGGUGAAAAUUCUGAGAAGAAACAAGACGAAAGUUCUAAAAAGGAAAAUCACAAGAGAGACGAAACUAAUGGAAAAGACGACUUUAAGGAAACCAAGUUUGAUGAAGAUAAGAAGAAGGAUUCUGAAGAGAAGAAAUCAGACGAAACUCAUAAGAAAUGCAAACUCGUUUGUGUUAAAUUCAAGACUGAAAAGGGAAAGUGUUUGAAACACGAAAUGAAAGAUCAAGAAAAGGUUUGCAUCAAACACAAGACAGAAGGUGAAGGUACAUGUUUAGAAUACAAGCAUUCCAAAAGUUGUGAAAAGUAUUCGAAACCAACCAAGAAAUGUAUCAAGCACAAGAGCGAGAAAGUUUGUCAAAAGAAGAAAACUGAAAAGGUCUGCGAUGAAUAUACCACCAAAAAAGUUUGUACUCGUCAUGCUACUGAAUGCGACCAAUACACCACCAAGAAGAAAUGCGAAACAGUUUCGUCCACAGAUUCGUAUUCCAAAAGUGGAAAAUCUUGUAAGAAUGUCAAAGUUUGUGCAAAGGAAAAGAAGGUCUGCAAGCACUACAAGAAGGAACAAGUUUGUAAGAAACAUAAGAAAGUUUCCAAAUGUAUCAAAUUCAAGACUGAGAAGAAAUGCAUCAAGCACGAGCAAACCAAGAAGAAAUGUUUAAAGUUUAAGAAAUUGAAGAAAUGUAUUAGAAAGUCAAAGGGAAAGAAGGUUUGCAUCAAGCAUAAACUUGUCGGUGGUAAGAAGGUCUGUAAGGAAUAUGAAAAGAAGAAAGUUUGUGAAAAGAAAGCUUGUGAAAAGAAGGAAGCAGAUUCCUAUUUAAUGUAG